AUGUCGAAUGGUUUGAAUCUCCCCUUCGACAUUGACUCGUUUCCUCCGCGCACCAUCAAUCGACACCAAACGCACUCUCUGUUCUCACUGUCUCACGACGAUAGGAUCCCUCGGCGCCCUCUGGGCCUUGCACAUCGGGUAAUGACGGUCCUUUUUUUUCAACGCCACCUCACCCUGACUUACCUCGCUCUAGGCCAUCACGUCGACUUCAUGACUCGCGACCACCACUCUCAUCUCACCACUGUCUACGUCGGCGCCGAGCUACAGUCGCGCAGCUUCACGCGCGCUCAGCUGGUAUUCGACAGGCGAGCGAGGAGAUCGGUCGACCCAGCUCGGGUGAGAGCGGGGCGUGAUACAACUUCGACGACGUUGACAUCGCUCGACCGUGCUCGUCGCGCCCCUUGGAGACGACGAGGAAUGUCAUUGCAUCACGUUCUGAGCCCCGGCGCUCCCUCCUUCGUUCCCCCACACGACUACAAAGCACGAGCGCAGCGCUCGCGCCGCCAGCUCCCGCCUUUCUCCGACGUGCACAUCGACGCAUGGGCAUGCCCCGACGCUUCCCUCCUUCCGCCGCUCUGUCCAGGCUCCCUGCCAAUCCAUCUCGACAGCAUGCGGCGAUGCGGGGGGACCUCUGCCGUCGCUUUAUGUAGGAGAAGGGCAUUCUAUCCGGUCGUGAUGCCGCUCGCGAGCUGCGUGGGUGCUGAUUUAGAGGCCACGCGGGCGCUCUCUUGUGUGGGAGAAGCGGCAGGGGUGGUGUACCGUCGGUCGAGGUGUACCCCGUCGAUUAUUGCCACGCUCCCGGUCGCCAGACGCAUGCGCGAGCUUCCUCAGGCGGCGUAUGUGAUGGGGGAGGGGUAUUCUGGGUUGGAGAGGGGGUGUCGCUGCGCAUACGUGAGGCAAAUUCAUCACCCAUCACCCCCUGACUCGCGGGAGGGGGAUUUAUUGGGAAAACCGCCGGAGGCAUGCGCGCUCUCCCUAGCCUUUAGCGAGUUUGAGCCGCUGGAGAGGCCAUUUCUCGGCGAGAUCGAGCCGCCGGAGGCGCGCGCGGGCUUCCUCGGCGAAGGAUGUGACGAGGAUCAGGAUUACGACCAGGUCAGUGCAUCCACUGCUGGCCGUCCUUUGAACCGACUUUCCGGCGGGGACGAGCCGCCGGAGGCGUGCGGCGACUUUCCGACAGCUUUUGACGAGGGGGUGCCGCCGGAGGCGCGCGCGUGUCCCUCGGCGAAGGGGGCGAAGGGGAUAGGGAUCCCCCCUCCCCACGCUGCGAGAUGCGGGGGCGCUUCGACGCGUUUUAAACCCCUUUUCGGUGGGAGAGAGCCGGCGGAGAGAUGCGCGAGUGCUGCAGGCUUUUUUGCAAACCCCCCAACCGCCGGAGGCAUGCGCGGGUUACCUAGACAAUUUCAUUGGCGAGGGAGAAUCGCCGGUGGCGCGCGUGGGGGGACCUCGGUGAAGGAAGCGAGGAGGGUGGGUAUCCUCCCUCCCCCUCAUGAAAAGAUUGACUUCUUUCGUGCCUUCGCCAUCGAGGGCAUGAAGGGUGGGAGAAGGGAGCGAAGAGACUUUAUUCUUUGUGCCCCCGCUCUCGCAGUCUUUUGCGAGACGUGGUCGACGCCUUUGAGCUUCCCUUACCUUGGGUACGGGAGGGGGGAGGAGGUGGAGUACUCGGAGGAGCGCUUUCGAGCAGACCUUGGUGGGUCUGCCUAUGUUUCCUCUCAAGGUUGGUAUCGCACCGCAUCCCUCCUUUGCGGCACAGCGUCCUCCUUCCGUCGCGGUACAGGUCCCUCCCUCCUUCGCGCGGCAAGGGCUAUCUCGCGAGGAUCGCCGUUGAUCCUUGCCGUUGCACGUCGAGGCGAGUUUCGCUGGAAUAACGACGCUCUUGACCCCAUCGUGCCCCCGCGCUUCGACCUAAAAGGAGAAGGGGUGGAUGCGAGACUGCGAGUUUGUGGCAAAGGCCUUGCCAUCGCCUUCUCCCCCGCGCGCGUACGCAUGAACGUAGAUUCGACGCGCUUGCACCUCUUCAUCCUGCUCGCGAAGCUCAUCGAUGUCUAA